AUGUCCACACCAUUGGAUCAACUGCCGACGCGUCCGGAGAAACGGCGUCGACUCGAGCGUGUCGCUGCGGCCUGCGAUCUUUGCAAGAAGAGAAAGGUCAAAUGUAACGGCGAACAACCAUGCGCUUACUGUACGCGAAAGGAUCGUGCGGCUACUUGCACGUUUAGUGGUCAUAAUGCCCGUCCUUCCACACGUUCCGCCGGACACACUCCUACUCACGGUGCCCGUUCCGACGAUAUCCACCGCCCUUACGCUCGUUCCGCAGGCCAUACACCGAAUGACCGUGACCGCGACGAACAGGACAAUGUUCUGCGGGAGAGGAACGAUCGUGAAGUUGCUGACGUUGGAACAUCACUCUCCCCAACACUAAGUAGAGACGACCAGCAGGGAGACACAGUAGUGCCUCUUGAAGGCCGCAUCCUUCGUGACGCGCAAGGGAAGUCAAUCUUUAUUGGUGAUUGCGCUCCGCUGUCUUUUCUACAGACAGUUAGGCACCUCAUCACUUCUGAGGUUGACCCAAGAGCCACUGUCCAAGCCACUCGCGACCCCAUCAUCGAGAUUGCGCGUCCUGAAUCAGCAGAUCAACAUUCAUGUCCUCCAAUCGAUGUAAAUCAAGUGGACGCAUUAGUCAAUGAAUACAUUGCUGCAAGUAGUGGUCUCGUCCAGCUAUUCCAGAAAGAGGAUCUUGCUCCUGAACUGAAAGCCUGGGCAAGUAGCAGAACCUCAAGCUCGGACGACGCCGCAGCUGCAGUCUUUUAUCUUGUUCUUGCUAUUGGUGCACAAGAAAGAUUUGAAGAGAAGGCAGAAGCUUGGUUCAACACAGCUCGGGAUCUGCUUCUGAAGCAUAUGUGCAGUAGCAUGAAUGUCUCUACAGUCCAGGGUUUCGCGCUUGUAGCGAUGUUUAUGCUCCGAGCAUCUCAGCCGAACGGAGCUUACCUGUAUUUAUCCUUGGCUGCGCGCGCCGCAUAUGCAAUCGGCAUACACCGAACUGAAGUAAACGCUUCCUUUGGAGAGACCAUCAAGUUGGUACGAGAUCGCAUCUGGAAGAGCAUCCGUGUCACUGAUCAAUUAAUAAGCAAUGCCUUAGGUCGACCUCCGUCUACUUCCGAUGUUGACUGCACCGUCAAGUACAAUGCCUUGGAGGACGGUAUGGAAGCCGACGAUGUCAGUGUACUGGACGCAAGCGUCCAGAUUUUUAUGAUCAUCGAACGCGUUGUCGUUGAAGUGUACUCGCGCAAACGUAUAUCUUUACGUAUUGCCGAUUAUGUCUCGCGACAAUUGAAGAACUGGGCAUCCAAAUGGCUGCAUAAACUAUCCGGGCUCACUGCUAGACGUCGUUCUCGGGAAGCAGUAGUGGGCGCCUGCUCCACACUCUGCUCAUACUAUUAUGGCAUAAUGCUACUCACACGACCAUUCCUCAUUUACGAGUUAUACGAAUACAUGGGCGCACCACUGAAGAGUGGGGGCACACAAGCUGAUCAUCAAGAGAAGCGCAAGUAUGCGGAUGCCGCACUUGAUGCAGCCUCAACGCUAGUCGAUACUCUACUGGCUGUCAUUCGUACGAACCAAUUGCCUCGCAGGAUGCCGCUGAUAGUGUCUUGGCUUUUCACUGCGACACUCGUUCUUGCAGUUGGUGUGCUUGGUGACUCAGGACUCAUGUUAGUGGACAGCUGCAAGGAUGCGAUAAUAUGCAUGGAUCACUUCGGUCAAGUCGACCCUCAUGCGCGACAAUAUUCGCAGGUCGCUCAAUCGCUACUCAAGAUCACCACCGCACAUGCGAAGAAGAGAGAGUUGCAUUUGCGACGGAAACGGAAACAAGCUUCGUCUGAACUGUUUGGUUUGCUGCCUUCUGAGCCUACUGGUCCUCAGCCUCAGACGGAGGAAUGCGAGGCGCAGCUUGGCCCUGGUUCUUUGGUUUCUCGAGAUUCUAUCCAGCGCCAUGUGUCCUCCGCAGCGCCACUCGAUUGGACUAUAUACGAUGCCGACUUCUUUGCCAUGCCAUGGCCGAGCGAGAACGACCAAGGUCUCCAAGACUUCCUCCAACCAGGCACUCAUAAUCUUGACGGCGUAUCUGUUGCCGAUAUACCCCUGUUUCCCAUCCACGAUCAACAGACAGGUAGCGACUUCUUCCCAUAG